UUGGGUUCUGGGCUGGGCCAGCUUUGGAGUCCCAGGUUGAGGGGCGGGUGGGGUUUGGCCGUGGCUUAGGGCGGAGACCGCGGGAGGAGGAUGUGAGCUCACAGCCCCGGAUUGCUGGCGGGUAGGCAACCACAGCCCAGGGCGGCGCGGGGUCGGCUUGCAACCCAGCUGAGAGGAGAAGCGCCCCCGCCCCGGGACGGUGAGAGCCGGGUGCUGAGAGUAUGAGGCUCUGGCCUCCACUGGCCACUCACUCGUGAUCCUUCCACCACGGCGGAGCCUUCCAAGCCGACCUCCUGCCGUGUGGUGAUCUACCUGCAGCGGGAGAUGUCAGGGGAUACCUGUCUGUGCCCAGCCUCGGGGGCCAAGCCCAAGCUGAGCGGCUUCAAGGGAGGAGGCCUGGGCAACAAAUACGUCCAGCUCAAUGUCGGGGGCUCCCUGUACUACACCACCGUGCGGGCACUAACCCGGCACGACACCAUGCUCAAGGCCAUGUUCAGCGGGCGCAUGGAGGUGCUGACCGACAAAGAAGGCUGGAUCCUCAUAGAUCGAUGUGGGAAGCACUUCGGCACCAUUUUGAAUUACCUCCGAGAUGACACCAUCAUCCUCCCACAGAACCGGCAGGAAAUUAAGGAACUGAUGGCUGAAGCCAAGUAUUACCUCAUUCAGGGGCUGGUGAGCGUGUGCCAGACUGCUCUGCAGGACAAGAAGGACUCCUACCAGCCUGUGUGCAACAUCCCCAUCAUCACCUCCCUGAAAGAGGAAGAGAGGCUCAUUGAAUCCUCCACCAAGCCCGUGGUGAAGCUGCUGUACAAUAGAAGCAACAACAAGUAUUCCUAUACCAGCAACUCGGACGACCACCUGCUGAAAAACAUCGAGCUGUUUGACAAGCUCUCCCUGCGCUUCAAUGGCCGCGUGCUCUUCAUCAAGGAUGUCAUUGGUGAUGAGAUCUGCUGCUGGUCCUUCUACGGCCAGGGCCGCAAGCUGGCCGAGGUGUGCUGCACCUCCAUCGUGUAUGCCACGGAGAAGAAGCAGACCAAGGUGGAAUUCCCAGAGGCCCGCAUCUAUGAGGAGACACUCAACGUCCUCCUCUAUGAGACCCCCCGAGUCCCUGACAACUCCUUACUGGAGGCCACCAGCAGGAGCCGCAGCCAGGCUUCCCCCAGUGAAGACGAGGAGACCUUUGAACUGCGGGACCGGGUCCGCCGUAUCCAUGUCAAGCGCUACAGCACUUAUGAUGACCGGCAGCUCGGCCACCAGUCUACACAUCGCGACUGACAAGACCCUCAGGGAGUCAGGGCAUGGGACACCCUGUCUCCCGUCCUGUGGAGCCCUGCCCCGUUGGCCACCACGCUGCUGCUGGCUCGGUUUCUGCUCCAGUACCCAGAAGCAUGACAGGAGGGCAGAGGUCCUGGGCAGGAGAGGGACCACAUUCCUUUGCCCUGCUCCCUGAGUACUUCAGGAUGACCUACGUCCUGGACCCUUUGCUCACCCUUCCUGACAGGGAGCUGUGUCUGCCCCUGGGGCAACUGGGCUGACCUGCCCAUGUCCCAUGAGGACAGUCCCCUUGACCCCUUGCUGAGUGUCCUUUGGCUCUACUGAAGGGGCUACCUUUAAGGCCUCUGGGGAGGUCCGUGGGGAAUGGGCUCAUUCUGGUGCUGUGGAGACCCAGUUUCUUAUAGAAGGUGGGGCUUCUUUUUCCUUGAGGUCUUUAAGCACAGGCUUUAUAACUUUGGUUUUUAAAAAAUUACCUAGGAAAUGAAUAGCGUGAACUCUAAUAAUGAGGUGACUGGGCAUUUGUGCCACCCCUCUAGGGUGCCAAGACCCUGGGUAGGGCUGAACCCAUGGCCUUCCUUGAUGCCUUUGGCAUCUAUUUCUUUAAAGCACUUUGUACUCUUAUUCAGUUUGUGUUCUGCCCUGACCCACAUCAUCUUUUUCUGACUCUAACCCCUCUUCCCUGCAGAAUCAAUCUGAGAGGGGCUAGAGAAGCAAUAAAACAAAACAAAAAACUGACUAGCUUUGGCUUUGCUGGGCUGGCCAAGCAGCCAGCCCAGAGAGCAUGCAGGAAAGGAUAUUUAGGUUGGGAACUGUGGUCCUAAUGAUGCCCAUGAGAAAGGACAUUUUAAGGUCACAUAAUAGACUCCUAGGGCUUAACAUGAUUGCUCUUUUGGAUUCUCUUGCCCUCAGCUACAAGGCAUGCUUUUGCUUUGCUUUCUGGAAACCCAAAGGGCCAUUACAGGGGCCAGGAGCAUGAGCCACAGUGGGAAGGCAGUGGAGCCCAUAAGCGCUGAACUCGGAUGCCCAUCAGCUGAGGUCAGUGACCACCAGCUCCGUGUUCCCAGCAGCCCUGUGCAGAGGUGGCAUGUGCUUGGUUGUGGAGCUCCUGCCUGCCCCAUAUUACUGGUUUUCUGUACCCGCUGAGGAUGGUGGUUCUGCCCAGCGCUGAGUCUGGACAGAGGGUGAUGGGAGCAGCCUAAAUCCCUUCGGAGGCGGCUUAACGUGGCUGUGGAGCUGCCAAGCCCCAGCUCUCAGGCAAGGUGCAAGUUCCUCCUUGGGGCUUUUUCUCACUACCUGCUGUUUAGCUUGGCCCUUGGGAGACUGCUUAUCCAAAUUCUUUUCCAAAGGAAUACCAUCAGGGAGGGACUGUGCAGCUGGCCUAAGAAAAUGCCAUACCUCAUAGCUGCUGAGCAGUAGCUACUCUGAAAGGAGCACAGGUUAUUAGGCUCCUCUCCCCUGACAACUGUCACUCCAGCUAAGUGGCCUGCUUGUGGCCGACCCGAUGGAGCCUAUAGGCAAAUGCCAGGCCCACGGUUCGCAGACACCCACAAGGACCUGAAAUGACAUGAUGAGGCUGGGGAAGUGUGACUAACCAUGUAUUUUUACACUUGUCACAGCCUUGAAUGUGUAGAUUUUCCAGUGAGACACCCUGGUCAUCAGCUCAAAACACUUCUUCCAGCCCUGAGUGGAGUAACUAGAUGAAGACAAAUCUUUUUCUUUGGCCAGAUUCCGGCCUCUGGCUUUGUGGUUUUCCCACAGAGACUGGAAUGCUUUCUGCCUGAGGCCACUGGCCUAUUUCCUCUGCUAUCCUCCUGAGGCCCUCAAAUACUCAAAGCACCAGCUUCCCACUGAGGUAUUUUAGUGCUUGUUCUUUGACAGCCCCAGCCCCAGCCUCUCUGCUACUUUGACAUUUAGAUCCUCAGCUGUCUCAGUGGUGACUUGCCUUUCUUCCCAAGAAAGCACAAUAAUCCUGGACUGAUCAAAAAUAUCUCCCUGGUCUUAAGAAAAAUACUAACGUUUAAAUCACUGAAGUAAUCUUAGCUUCUUUAAUCAGACUUUGUGGCAUAAGGGUUGGGGGAAUUUUCUUUGCGCUUCUCAGCCCCAUUCAGAAAGCAGCUCUCAGCCAUGUGAAUUUUUCAACCUGGAGCAGCCCGCAGGAACGCAAACCAGGAGUGUGGAUGAAGAUCAAACCUUGUCAGUUUCUAGAAAACUGGAAGCCUGCUGUUUACCACUGGUACUGGGACUGGGCUUUUCUCCAUUUCUUAUCUGACCAGUGUCUGCCUAAAGGAUGGCCCAGGUCCUGCCAUGAGAGAACAUCCCCUUUGUCACUUACCUGCAAUCCCUUGUUGCUCAGCACAGGUGAAAACAAACACUAAUUUCUAAUAAAACUGUGUUACAGUG